UGGCGCAUUCCCUGAGUCAGGCACAGCAGCUUUCUGUCCACCUGGUGAUUGGCUGCAACAACCCGGGGAAUUAUUUGUUGAAGACCAAAGGAGACACAGGAGCCCAAAUUUGAUUAACUGAGGGGUUAAAAUAGUUUAAAAUGUAUUACCUCAAUUAAAUUUUGUUAAUGCGUAACAGCUGUCGAACUGUUUGGAUAAGAGCGGACAGGUCUGGAAGUUGGGAAUGACUUUUUGCAGGUGUCCCGAGAAUAAAUCGUUGGCAGUCUGCUGCUGAAGGCUUUCUCGGGUCACCUAAAUUCACUGAAAAGCCUUCUGUUCUCCAGCCUGCCACAUCCCUCCGCCGGGGGCAUGAGCGCGGAGGAGCAGUCCCGGCUGCGGUCCCUCUUCCACGCCUACGACUUGGACAACUCCGGACAGAUCGAGAGAGGCGAGUUCCUCACCAUCUGUGCGGAGCUGCAGGUGUCCGAGGCGGAGGCAGACCAGAUAUUUAACCGACUGGACGUCGACAACGACGGAGCAGUCACCCUGCCGGAGUUCAUCAGCGGCUUCCACGACCGCUACGGAGAGGAUAUGGAGUCCGACGGAGGCGACGUGUCCGCCGCCUGGGAGAAUUUCGAGAUGAGGCUGGGCGAGCAGGCCAAGUUCAUCCCCAGGAAUGAACAAGCCGCUACGUUGUACCAGAACAUCAGCCUGACUGAGCCCAGACUGAUAAACCAGUUUGAGAAAGUCAUCAUAAACUUCACAAAAGAGAUCAGACAGCAGAACUCAGAGAUGGAGAACCUGGCACUUGCCAUCAAACGAGCGCAGGACCAAGCCUCAAUGCAGCUCAGCGAAAUGGAGGAAGAGAUGGACCAACGCAUUCAUGCUGCUGAAAGAAAAACGCAAGAGCAGGGGAAAAAACGAACAGAGGCUGCACUGAGUGAGCUGCGCAGAAGUUAUGAAACUGAAGUGUGCGAGCUGCAGUGUAAGAUCCAGAGGAUGCAGAUGAUCGAGGAGAAAUACAAGAACAUCACGGUGAAGGACGAGAGUCCAGCGCUGAAGAAGAAGAUCAAUGAGCUGACACUGGAGAACCAGCGUUUAAAGCAAGAGCUGUUGAAGUCUCAGACCAAAGUCGCCUGUCUGCGCAGUGAACUGGACUCUCUGAAGACGGAGCUCACAGACCAAAGCAUCAGCUCUGAACACGAUGAGGAGCUCAUGAAACACUUCGCUGAUGAGCGGGACAUCCUGGAGAGCCAGAUUGAGAUUCUGCAGGUAGCCAACAGAAAGCUUCAUGACAGCAAUGAUGGCCUGAGAUCUGCCCUGGAGAGGAGCAACCGGUCUGGUAAUGUUGGAUCAUCAGGAGAAAUGAAGGAGAGAACAAGAAGUAAAAGCAUCUGCUUCACAUCACCCUAUACACUAAUGGAUCGGUUCAGCCAGCGUGUGGAGGAUUUCCCUGUGUACAGCCACCGGCCCAGCUGUGACACUUUGGCCUUGGCUAUGUGUGACCCGGGCCUGAAGCGCAGAAACAGCAGUGAGUGUGAGGAGGACAGCCUCCCAGAAGUCUACAUGGACAGCGGCCUGUCCACACUCAGGGGAUCACAUGGAGGCUACGACUCAGAGCAAGAGGUCAAAGGUUUAGAAGAAGAGGACGAGAAGGAGGAGAAGAAAGGAGAGGAGGACAACAAUGACAGCAUGAAUGAACAAAACUCUGACACUGAUCCAGCAGAUACUCUGGAUGGUGAAUCUGCAUUCGGGUCAGACAGCAGCUCAGUACUGGACUGGAAGCCUGAAUCCAUUAGUGUGGUCAUACCCUCAGCCCGGACUACCAGAAAAGCCCUCAGUGCCAUCAGUGUUCAGAAGGAGGACAAGGACAGCACUGACCUUGGCUACAUGACGUCAGAGAAAGCCUACAGGAUCGUGUUGGCAGGAGAUGCAGCUGUGGGGAAGUCCAGCUUCCUGCUUCGUCUCUGCAAGAACGAAUUCAAGUUAAACUCCAGCGCUACACUGGGAGUGGAUUUCCAAAUGAAGACACUAAUAGUUGAUGGGGAGCCUGUCUUACUACAACUCUGGGACACUGCGGGACAAGAGAGGUUUCGCAGCAUUGCAAAGUCGUAUUUUCGCCGGGCAGACGGUGUGUUGCUGCUGUACGAUGUCACCUGUGAGAAAAGCUUUCUAAAUGUUCGAGAGUGGGUGGACAUGAUUGAGCAGGAUGUGUCCCAGGAAGAUAUUCCCAUCAUGCUUGUGGGUAAUAAAUGUGAUCUUAGACAAGAUUGCACUAACUGUGUCCCUACAAGCUAUGGAGAGAAGCUGGCCAUGACCUACAACACUCUGUUCUGUGAAACUAGUGCCAAAGAUGGCUCCAACAUCCUGGAGGCCGUGCUGCACCUGGCCAGGCAGGUAACAAAACAGGCUGCUUUUGAUGAGAAAGAUCACUAUCAAUCGCUGCCCAAACUAGAUGCUCCCAGGAAGAAACCCAACUUCGCUUGCUGCACCUGAUCACAUCCAACUGAGCCGGACCGCACCACAGGUGGAAAAAAGAACUACAAAUGCAGAAACCUGCCAAAACAGAAAUGAGAAAUGUAAUCUCUGCAGAAAAACAGCAACAGCAACAAGUCAUUUCUGUGAAUAACCAAAACAAUUUUGACUUUUGACUUUUGACUUUUUGAAACAAACAUGGGAUCACUGCAGAAUACCUGCAACUUCUCGCAGUUCAGAUUUAACUUGUAACCCGUAUUGAGCUGUUAUUUGAGCCACAUCUUUGUUUCUUACUGUUCUUUAUUAUAUGGAUAUUUUAUUCAGUGAAACAUCUUGCCAGGUAAAAGAUUUGUUCAAUUUUGUUUUGCUAUUACAUAUAUACAGUGGGGAGAACAAGUAUUUGAUACACUGCCGAUUAUACAGGUAAUGAGUGGAGAACAGGAGGGCUUCUUAAAGAAACACUAACAGGUCUGUGAGAGCCAGAAUUCUUACUGGUUGGUAGGUGAUCAAAUACUUAUGUCAUGCAAUAAAAUGCAAAUUAAUUAUUUAAAAAUCAUACAAUGUGAUUUUCUGGAUUUCUGUUUUACAUUCCAUCUCUCACAGUUGAAGAGUACCUAUGAUAAAAAUGACAGACCUCUACAUGCUUUGUAAGUGGGAAAACCUGCAAACUUGGUAGUGUAUCAAAUACUUGUUCUCACCGCUGUAUUUACAUUAGUUCCUUCCACUUAUAUGUUCUUGUGUACCCAGAGUGACACUGUCAGGCUGUGAAGAAACUCCAGUCAAAUCUUAAAAGAGAAAGACAGCUGUGAAGGUGAAGUCAAAUGUGUUAGAAUGUUUUGAAAGUAUUAGAGCAUGUUUUUAAAGUAAGAUUAGUACAUUAUGAUUACCCAUACAAGUGAUGGAGGUGGAAGGCAUGGUGAGCAAACAAGACAACUAAGAAUAGACUCUUAUCUAGUUGAUAACUGUGGUACUUAUUGAGUUACCUCAAGUGCCCGUUUGUUUUUGAUUGUGCCUCACGUGUCAAAUUCUGGUGGACAUGGAGUCACUAAUUAUGGGAAAACUGAAAGCAAGAGCCUCGUCUUGCUCGACAACCAUGAAUUCUGGUGCAAUGUGAGUUACUUAUACUUGCUCGACCUACUGGUUUUGUUAUAUUACCCUACAGUGUUACAUUUCUUUUGACUUUGAACUGAGGAUGAGUAUCAUACUGUAAUAGAAGUUGUGUUUUUGUUUUGAAUGUUUUGCAGAUCAUUUCCAGUUUGCACAAGUGCUUUAAUUAAUCUCUGUAUUUGAAUUUCUUGUAUGCAUUACACACAAAGUAUAUACAGAAAGAGAUGUGUCAGGUAUUAAAACCCUUAUUUCUAUCAGAUACAGUACAUGACAGUAAACCAAAUGUUAUCUUGUAAAAUGUUCACUACUGAUCUGGUAUAAUUUUUUUUAUUAUUUGAUAAUAACACCAUGUUAUCCAAAUCAUGAGAGUGCUUAAAGGGCGUGUAUAUAGGUGCAUAUGCCUUAAAUCAAAUGGUCAAACAGUGUAAAUCUUUCCAACAUUUGAUUUAAGGGGAUAUAUCUGCUGACAGUUUUGGUUUUCCACACUUAAUUUAUAGAUUUUCCAAUGAACAAAUAAUAGAUAAUUGUUUCCAUUUCAAGCUUGUUUUCAUAUUUCGAGUAAAUGUUGAACAGAUUACGUACAGGAAAAAAGGAGUGAGAAUUGCUGUCAGGAAAAAACAAAAAGCAUGCACCGUUGAGACAAAGUAGCAAGAUGAUGUCAAAUAUAAAAAAACCCAUGUAAACCGCACCUUAUACAGUCGUAUACACAACAAUACAAGAAAAUUAACAAUUCAGAUUAGCGCCAACAAUUCUUGUAACUAUAAGGUAACUUCCCUUCUCUGACAAUCUGAGGGCCACUUUACUCAAAGAUUGACCGGAUGUGUGGGAAUUAAAAAGUAAGCAUUGUUUUAACUUGUUUCAUUAUUUACACAAUUACUCACUCAUGGUGCUGUACAUACAAGUGUAGCACCACAAAUGUGAAUGUAGCAUUGAACCUGUUGCUCAGCUAUUUACUGCAACAAAGACAAAACUUAUUUUUGAUUAAGUGUCUCAAGUGAUGCAACUGUAUUUUGGAGGCCUUUAUUAUGUUUCAAUUUGGUAUGGUUUGUCAUUUUACAACUCUAUACAUGUAUAGUAUUAUAGCAAUUGGGUCAUAUGAUAUUAAAGCUAUUUAAAUGAGAUUUGUAGGGAAUACUUUCAAAUAAAAAACAGGGUACAUAAAUGUCUUAAUAUUCUCUUAUCAUUAUCUUCACUAAUACAGGCAAAGUAGCUCAGGGGGAUUCAAAUAACAUACCUUCUGUUUACUGACUGCCGACAGUCUGUAAAAGUGAGUGAGAUGAGCUGGAUGCGGGGUGAAUGUCUGUCGAAUACCGUAUCUGUCACCUGUGAACAGACUCUGACGUUGAUAAUCUGCGGAGCUGUACUUUAAAUAUUUGAGUAAAUGUUCUUGGGAACUUACCAUCUCAACCAUGUCAUCAACCACCUGCUAUAUGGUAAUGUAAUCUUUACAACUUCAGAUCUAUGUAACUAUCUGUCUGUGUCUUAUACUCAAGCAAUCUGCACCCCUAUUAUCAAGACACAAAAGAUAAUAAGGGACAAAUCAAUAAAUCAGAUAAUAUCUUUU